UAUCAGUUGAUUGCUGAACAUACAUACGUUAUAAAUUCAGGAUGUGAAAUAGGAUUAUCGUAUUUUGUUCUCUGAAGAUUUGGAAGCAAGAAGUCAUGUCGAACAACAUCCGCACCGAAUUAGAAACCAACGGUUUUGCCGUCGUUGAAGGAUUAUUUUCCAACAAUGAAGUAGAAGAAAUGAAAAAUGAAAUUCGAAGAAUAAUUAAGGAAAUGCCAAGUGUGUCACAUCGAACAGAAUUCAGUUGUGAUGAUUCAGAGUCUGAACUAAAAAGAAACGCCUAUUUCCUAGACAGUAUCGACAAAAUAGGCUAUUUCUUCGAAACAGGCGCAACAGGCCCUAAUGGCGAAUUACUCGUGGAUCCUGAAGUAUCCCUUAACAAAAUUGGACAUGGCCUCCAUGAGGUCAGUCCAGUUUUCAGAAAGUACACCUUCUGCAACAGGAUCAAGGAUAUCAUUCGUGAACUUGGUUACAAGGAACCCGUCAUACUUCAGAGCAUGUAUAUUUUCAAAAAUCCUGAUGGAAAAAGAAGUGAAGUCAUGCUCCACCAAGACGCAACAUUCCUCUACACGGAACCUCAAAGUUGUACAGGUGUCUGGAUAGCCUUAGACGACGUUACCAGAGAGAAAGGAUGUUUGUGGUGCGCAAAAGGUUCGCACAAGAGUGGAGUUCAUAGGAGAUACAUCAGAAAUCCCGACAGGAACGCAAAGGAUCUUUUUGCUUUCACUGCGCCUCUCCCCGAUUACGACAAGAGCAGCUUCACCCCUGUUCCUGUGACUAAGGGCUCCUGCGUAUUUAUCCACGGCCAAGUAGUUCACUACAGUGAGACGAAUGAAACUGAAGAAUCCAGAAAUGCCUAUACUUUCCAUAUUGUCGAACAGAACAAUACAAUUUAUCCUGAGAACAACUGGAUACAGCCUAAAGAAGGAAAAACAUUCAUGAAACUGUUUGACAAUCGAAUACUAUGAAAUGAGUUGAUCCUGGAGUAACUAGAACUGAUACGAAGUCCUAGAAAUAUCACAGCUCUUGAGAAUUAUGUAAUUUUAUAUUCUUAUGAAUUAUUACUUCAAAAAUUGAAAUUAAAUAUAAUCCAUGAUUAGAU